CGAGGGUUGACCACGCGUGUGCCGAGCAGUAGUGGUAGCGUUUGCGCAAGGGGAGGCGAUCACGAGGGCCUCCGACAGCAAUAGGAACCAUUGAUACCGGCGCAAUAAAUUGCUGAGCUUCAAACACACCAGUGCUCUCCCUGCUGCAAAAAAAAUGGCCGACACGAGACCGCCGGCCGCCGGCAUGCCCAGCGCUUCCGCGCUGGUGGGUCCCUACCCCAUUGACGAGGACGCGCUGCGGAAAUUGAAGCGCUUGCACGACGACGGCGUCGUCGACGACGACGAGUUCAAGCGCGGGAAGGCCGUGGCCCUCGGUCUGGCGGAGCCGAGCGCCUCCACGGGAGCGCUCUCGCGGCUGCCGGAGGAUAUGCUACAAAACGUGCUCAGCUUCCUCGUCUUGAAACAAGACGGCAUCGCCCAGCGCUUCCUCGAAAACGUGAGGGAAAUGCAACGGGAGGUGUUCGAUUUGCUUGAAGAAAUCGAAGAUGACGAGGAAAAUGAGGACGGUGAUGAGCAUCUGUCUUUUGCCCUAGAUUUGAUACGUGACGGGGACGUUUGUGCGAAAAAGCUUUACGAGGAUGUACAAAGCUCUGUCGCGUGGUGGCCGGUGUGCAAAGAUUUUGCGCGCAUUUUCAGGAAGAUGUACCCCGAUCUGCGAUUAGAUAUAUUCUAUUGCGGACGUGCGGCAAAUAAGCAAAACACGGCAAGCAGCGCAGUGAAGCUCAAAUGGUCGAGGUGGAUGGAUGAGUUUAACAAGCUGACCUAUUUCCUUGAUGAAUUACGACAAAGGAUUUAUGUUUGGGAAGAGAGUGAGUUUAAUGAUUGGGAGACUCCCCACGUCCACGUUCUUGAGCUCAUGGCAGCGUUUGACGGCCUCGAAGACGACUUCAUCCACAAUGGUGGUUCCCCGUAGACUGUACUUAAUUUAUAUUGUGUUU